UAAAUUCAACACAAAGUAAAGAUCAACGCCCAAAAAUUAUGUUCAAAAUGAUGCAUGAAAAGUAUAUUCAAAUGUAUAUAUUUUCAUUUAUUAUGUUAGUAACUUGUUAGGCAAACAAACAAAGAGACAGAAGUAACGUUAGGCCUAAAUAAACUCCAAGCCUAAGAAAGACUCCGUUUGCUAAUUAUAGUUGUGUUUUUAUAUAGUAAUAUUAAUUUAUGUUGUCAAUUUUAUGGAUUUAAAGCCAACUUUUUAUAAUUUGACUGUAUGAAUUCAAGUUUUUUUUUUUUUUUUUUUUUUUUACAAGGUUAUUAUGGUAAUUACACUUGAUCUAAUCGGGAGUUUUCUGUUUAAUUUUGGAUUAUGGAUUAUUUUUUGGAGUUUUGUUUAUAUUCCAUCAAGAGCAUCAUGAGGAUGCAGUAUUCGACACCACUGAAGAUUAAACCAUCAACGAUAUUUUAAGGGCUCUUCAGCUCUGACUGAAGGUCUUACAGUCAACUUUGUACCUGGCCUUUAAGUCAACACAAAUCAUAUCAGCCUGCUUCACAUUCACGUAUUCGCUGUUCUUCCAAGGCAACCAAAUCGGCCGCAGCUGAGAGAUGGUAGAGCUCUCUUGUGUCGCCAAUAACAAGAGCGCUGAGGCUGCCAGUUCCUCUCUUCUACUGAGGUGUGAUGGUGUGAAAGAACAGACUGGAGAAACUUUCUAAUGUGAAGGCUCAGUGAAUGGCGUUUUGCAUUCUGAAUCAGCCGUCAUCAACACUCUAUGCCGUUUUAAUGAAAUUUCAGCUGCCUGGCCCUCUGGCGACCAGUUCAUUUGACUGCCCUCAUCUUCAUUACCUCCUAACAUGGCCUCUGGGAACAUCUAAGUGUGAGCAGAAUGGGAAGUUGGAGUUGGUGAAGCAGUGGAAAUUUCAGCAGUAGCUAUCGCUUUCAUUUUCCAGGUUUUUCAGCCUGAGGACAUGACGCUGCCCUGCACUUGCUUUUGUUGAUUCAGUAUUAACUUAAAACCAAACGUCCAGCUCUUUUCGUGGGCGUCCCUCAGAAUUAGAGCACUAUUUAUUACAUAAGACAAAUGGCUGCUUUGAUGUGGCUGAAAGGAACUCCCGUGUCUGGCCUGAGCGGGUCAGACAGAAGGUCAGCUCUCCCUCAGGGUCUCCAUGACCCUCACGGCUGCCAAUAGCGCACAGAAAGCAGACCCAGUGGUCUUUGAAAGAGCUGCCAUCACACUAAGGGAGUUAAUUUUAGCGGCAUGUUGGAGACGUCCGCUGUGAGGCUGCAUGCAGUAUCUUACUUAUUACCGAGGGGGCGAAGCCACGCACAGACUCAAAGGCUCCUGGGCAUUACAAGGGCGGCCUGCAAUCCUCCGAGCGCCACCGUAAUCCAGCUGCCAUCAUCCAUUCUGCCGUGGUUUGAGAUGAAACGUCCCAGCUGUCAUCGGCUCUUUGAGGUGGUUUUCAGGAGACACAUGGUGAUCUGCAGCCUCCUCUGAAGAAAGUGUCAUUUCCGUCUCACACGGCUUCACCGCGCUCAAGUAGAGAAGACGGGAGUGCUUGUUCUCUGCUAGUGUUGCGUUAAACCAGUGGAGAAAACUUUUCAUGCGCUGCUUCUGUUGCUUGAGAGAACUUAUAAGCUCUCAGGGACUCGCAGAGACCAAAGGUUCAAUCCAAGGAGGUCUGUGAUACCUGGAAAGAGCUUUCCGUUAGCGUUCCCAUUCAUCUCAAUGGCAGUUCCUCAGCUGGUGCAGGACCUCCAAGAAUACACGAUUAGAAAUCUGCAAUCUGCUGCCAGAAAUGUUUAUUUCACCAAAAUACACAGCUACUUUCCAAAUUUCUGGAGCCAGGAGGAGGAACUGGACCAUGCUGACCAUCCAGAACAUGCUGUUCAGUCUGUUGCAGCUGUAGAAAAACAGGCAGAGUGGAUGUACACAGUAGCCAGUGUGAGCGCACUGGUGCUGGACUGAUCUAUGGCCUGUGCGCUGGCUGGAUUUGUUUAACCCUGAAUGUCAACCGGUGCUGUCUGGAGCAUGUGUGCAGCUGUUUGGACUCUCAUUCUGACGGCACCCAUUCACUGCAGAUGAUUCAUUGGUGAGCAAGUGAUGUAAUGCUACAUUUUUCCAAAUCUGUUCUGAUGAAGGAACAAAAUCAUCUACAUCUUGUAUGGCCUGAGGAUUUCCCUUCUAUAAAAUGCAACCGUUCCUGCAGAUUCCGUCUGGGCCUGCAGAUCUCCAAGUCUGGUUAUCCUGCUAACCAAAGACUGCUGUAUCAUCUGAUCCAUUUCAUCCUCAUAACAAACAAAAAAGAGGCCCGUCUACGCCUGAAGUUGUUUGAUGAGACGCUGUUGUGUCUGGAUGAUGAGCAGGAUCACAGAGCCGCCCAGAGCCACUGCCAGGCAAAUGUCUGCGUGCCGUGUGAAACCAGAAUCCCUCAUUUGGAGAACAGAGAGGCCGACUCAUUCGCACACGCACACACAUACCGAAAGAGAUGCACGGUGCCAGGCAUAUGUUGGGGCUUUAUGAGUAAGAAACUGAAAGAAUAGGCGCACACCUCCGCAGUGUAAGCAGCUCUCCUCACAUCACCUCAGGGUCAGCGGAGACAGGCUGCAGCACGCUGGCCGACCGAGAAGGAUGGAGAGGUAGAAAGAGAGCAGCGGGGAGAGAAGUGCGAGCGUGCAUAUGCGGAGAGGGAGACGCUCUGCAUUCACGCCCCCCUCCGAAGCCUCAUGACUCACAAGGGGGGAGCGGCAGCAUCACGCCCACCCUUUCCCUCUCCAGUGCCAGGAAGAGCCGGCGAACCACGCGUCUCCAGAAGAAGGAAAACAGAGCAAGGAAAAAAGUUGGCCCACACGACUCCAGUGAUGUCACGAGCAUGUGACCCUGCUUCUCCAGUGACAGUGUUCUGAGGGAAAGAAAAAAGAUUUUUUAAAGGCUCGUGCCUCUUUGGGUUUGUGUGAAGGCUCCGCUCACCUCCCGAGCAACCACAGAACCGCAGAAAAGUUCGGUUCAGGAUUUUUGCACGGCGGCGCGUAAAUGGUUAACUGUCGCCGGUCAACUUCAGGUUUGAGGACCACACCAACCAGUAAGUACGCUUCGACCGCACUAUCCUCUGCAGCGAGCUUGGCUCCGUGCUGUCCAAUAAGGCGACAGAUUUUUGCAUUUUUUCCUAAACCAGAACUGGUCAUUACUUGUGGUCAUGAAAAUAGUUGAUACAAAAACGCAUUUCUUGUGGAUGUUUUUUCCUUUUUUGCAUCUUCCCCUGGCACACCGCUCACUCUCAACCUAAGAGGCGUCAAGGGUCACCGAAAACCGCAGAGAAGCGAAAUUUGGGCGACCAUGGCAUCCAACAGCCUCUUUAGUUCUGUGACCCCAUGUCAGCAGAACUUCUUCUGGGAUCCCAGCGCCGGCCGGAGGUUCAGUCCGCCGGUGUCGGUGAAGAUGAAUGAUGUGAACCCGAGCGCAGGACAGCAGCAGCAACAACAGCAGCAGGACAGCGCGGUGGUGCCAAGACUCCGCGCGCAAGAGAACCGCUCCAUGGCCGAGAUCAUCGCCGACCACCCCGCCGAACUGGUCCGGACCGACAGUCCGAACUUUCUCUGCUCGGUUUUGCCUUCUCAUUGGAGGUGUAAUAAAACGCUACCGGUUGCGUUUAAGGUGGUGGCCCUGGGAGAGGUUACUGAUGGGACGGUGGUCACAGUAAUGGCUGGGAAUGAUGAGAAUUAUUCAGCUGAGCUCAGGAAUGCCUCAGGUGUUAUGAAGAACCAGGUUGCCCGCUUUAAUGACCUGCGCUUUGUGGGCCGAAGCGGAAGAGGGAAGAGCUUCACCCUGACGAUUACAGUAUUCACAAACCCACCGCAAGUGGCCACUUACCACAGAGCCAUUAAGGUCACGGUGGACGGACCGCGGGAGCCCAGGAGGCACAGGCCGAAGUUGGAUGACUCGCCGAAGGCUGGACUGUUCUCUGACCGUCUCAGUGAACUGGAGCGCAUCCGGCAGACCACCAUGCGGGUUACUGUGCCAACGCAAACGCCACGGCCCUCGCUUAGCAGCCCCAACUCCUUCGCACCUCAGGGGCAGACUCAGAUUACAGAUCCACGCCAGGCUCAGUCUUCCCCACCUUGGUCAUAUGACCAGACGUACCCGUCGUACCUGAGUCCCAUGGCCUCCCCGUCUGUCCACUCCACCACCCCGCUCUCGUCCAGCCGGGCCACGGGGCUGCCCUCCAUCAGCGAUGUGCCCAGACGCCUCCCAGGUUCAACAGAUUUGAGUCCUUUUCCUGGCCAGUUUGAGCGUCAGUUCCCCGCUUUCUCCUCACUCACCGAGAGCCGAUUUUCCAGUCCCAGAAUGCACUACCCGGCCACCUUCACGUACACGCCCACCCCCGUCACCACCGGCAUGUCCCUCGGCAGUGCUCACUACCACACCUACCUUCCUCCGCCGUACCCCGGCUCCACCCAGAGCCAAAGCGGACCCUUCCAGAGCAGCAGCACACCUUAUCUCUACUACGGCGCCUCCUCGGGCUCCUACCAGUUCUCUAUGGUUCCAGGAGGAGACCGAUCGCCCACCCGGAUGAUGCCGCCUUGUACUAGCGCAUCCACGGGAACCAGCCUAGUCAACCCCAACCUCCCGGUCCAGGCCGAUGGAGGUGGGGGGGUGGAGGGAGACGGAAGUCAUAGCAACUCCCCCACUAUUCUCAAUCCUGCUGGAAGAAUGGACGAAGGCGUGUGGCGGCCAUAUUGAUCGGACAAUUGCGUGAGCGUGGAACCUUCAAACAAACAGCAUGGUUUUAAAGCACAAACCUUACUAGGAUGUUCAUCCUGUCUCGCUGAGCUACUUUCCCUCGCUAACAUGAGUAUUUAUGAACCUGUUGAAAGGGAAGUAUUUUUUACAUUGGACUUUUGUUGUUGUAAUACCUUAUUCUGGACCUUUUGACCUCUGGGAUUCAUUGUCAUAGGUGGGAUUAUUUGGAAUUGAAGGAAUAGAGAUGGAUCGAGUACUUCAUUAGCAUUAUGUUAUUAUUUACUUGUCUUGGCAUGUUUUUAAUAUAUCAUUUAAAGCACUGAACAACAUCUUUAUGACAGUUUGUGAUCAAAUAUCUCUUUUUGUGCUUUUUUAACUUAAGCAUUUAAGUUAUACGUAUUUGAUAAAAGGAUUUAAAGUAACUUAUAAAAGCCAUAGAUUAAUUAAUGUAUUUGGAACUUGAGUCAUAGAGGGAAUAUUUUUGUAAAGCAUCUAUGUUCAAGUUAAUGCAAUUAAUUUAGGGUAAUUUAAAUUUCUGUGCCUUAAUUGAUCACACAGAGUUGUAUGUUUAAGUCGAACGCGUUUAAAACGAAAUAGGGUCUCUGUGUCUAAGUACACUACAUUUGUAAGCAGUUAAUAUUGUUUGAUGCUAAGUGCUUUUUCACUGUUUUAAAGCUUUAAACCAAAGAAACAGCCACGGAUGCUCAAAAGUGUUUGCCAAUGUGCUAGAUCAAGCUUUCCUUGAGUAGCGUGCAUGUGCUGGGAUAAUUUAUUUAGCUUUUAUGUUGCUUAAUCAAAUGCGGCUGGGAAAGGUUUCCAGUGGGGGAAUAUUGAAGGUUUCUGGAUGUAUCGUACAUGGAUAUUCUUUUCCUGAUAACUGGAGCAAUUCAUGUCCUCAAAAAAGAGGGGUAAUACACUCAGUUAUGGCACUAUAUUACCCAUUGCAACAAUGCAGCUGGAGUAAAUUCCUUUCUUUUUUUUCUUCUUUUUUUAAAGUUGGGUUGUAUUUAUAGUAUUUAAACAAUCAAAGUUUGAGGUCAGUAAUAUUUUUUAGGAAAUUAAUAUUCUGCAAACAUGCAUUAAAUUGAUCUAAAAUGACAGUAAAGACACUUAUAUGCAUACCAAAACAAAUAAAUGCUGUUGUUUUUUAUUCUUCGAAGAAUCCUUGAAAGAGAAAUGUAUUAGUUUCCACAAAAAUAUCAAAUUGUUUUCAAAAAAUUUAUAAUAAUAUGUUUUUGAGAAGCAAAUCAGCAUAUUAGAAUGAUUUCUAAAGGAUCAUGUGACACUGAAGACUGGAGUAAUUAUGCUGAAAAUUCAGCUUUGCAUCACAGAAAUAAAUUACAUUUUAAACAAUAUAUUCAGAUAGAAAAAAAUAAUAAUAAUUGUAGUAAUAUUUCACAACAUUACUGUUUUUACUCUAUUUAGAUCAAAUAAAUGCAGCAUUUAAAAAAAAAAAAAAUGUUUUACCAAAAGAUUAAAAAAUCUUACUGAGCCCAAACUUUUGACCAGUUGUGUAGCUGCAUUUUAUUCCAUUGAUGUGGUGGUACAUUGUCAGUUAUGCUAAUGAAAAUCUUCAUUAUCAGCUCAGAAAUGUGCAAAUGAGCUUUAUCGUUUCAGAAUACCAGUUUUCCUGCAAUCGUCUAACAGAGUUAUAUUUAUCGAGUGCCUUACAGUUGGAACUAUACAGACCUCACCAAACAACUGAAAGCUUUCCUUGAAGCAGUGCUUUUUAUACGGCUUGUAAAGCCCAUAUUUAAGCAAUUAAAUUAAAAUAAACCAAAGCUCUUAGCUUUAGUUGGAUGUGUUUCUGACCUUCUUUACCUUAACAUUGGUUCAGUAUUGCGUUUCUGGCAGAACUAGUCAUGGUUCCUUUUGGCUGCUUCAAAUCAGGGCCGUUGCUUGAAUUCAUCCCAGGAUCUGGGUAAGCAUUCCCGGUUAUCCCAUCCUGACGGCGAAACGGCUUCAAAUCAGGGCGUCUACCUAUAAAUUGAAAUAGCUGUGAGUGUGUACGAAAUGUUUACAACGUUCAGAGACCAUGUUGUAUAUUACAGGAGGUAAAUACACCACCCUAGUUUUGUUGAAUUAUUAUCUCAUUUCUUCUUUUGUAAAUUAGUAUUUAUCUGACAGGUUAACUGAGGGCAAUUUGUAGCAAAUUUGUCUCUGGUUCUUGCAUGCUUUGUUUCCUUUGCACAUCUGUGUUUAAAUUAUCUCGCUUUUCUUCCCUGUGAAGCCUGUUCUCUUUUAUCCACGGAUAGAAAAAAGGGUUUAAGGGAAAUUAUCAUGACAACAGUGAAAG